CCUCCUUUCUUUUUCUCCUUCUUAAUCUAAACCAACAAAAGAGAUAACAAAAUGGAAAACGCUUCGACCGUGAGAUUCUCUAGCUGUCGAGGAGUUGCUUUUGAGAUUAAACCUCAUGCAAACCCUUUUGCUGUCGUUACAACUGAUCAAAACCGCUAUGCAAACGCUGAACGCGAGGGAACGAGCAGCAGGUUUCGACUUCCAUGGGAUUUCAUGAGAAACACUUCAAAAGUUUUCCCUUCAUCGAUUCAACACUCCAUGAGCCGAGCAAGCAGUCAUUUCUGCGAUUUGGACUCCGACAACGAGGAAGAAGAAGGAAAAGAUGAUAUUUUCUACUUAGAAGAAGGUGGUAUCAAAGAAGGAAACGAAGAACAUAGUGAGACGGACGAGAAGGCAAUCCUUGCUUCUUCCGCAAGCAAACACAGCGAGAAACCGCAGCAACCACCGGUUCCAAAGAAACGCGCUUCAAGACUAUCCAUCAUACUUCUUGAUCAAGGAUUGUUCACCGUUUACAAACGUCUCUUUGUUCUUUCAUUGUUUCUGAACGUCCUAGCCCUCGUUCUCGCGGCCACGGGAAAUUUCGCUUACGCUAGAAACAGAGCAGCUCUGUUUUCUAUCGCCAACAUUCUUGCCCUAACUCUCUGCAGAAGCGAAGCUUUCUUGAGACUCGUUUUCUACCUAACCGUAAACCUCCUCGGACGUUCCUUUGUCCCUCUCCGCAUCAAAAUCAUGGUCACAUCGCUGUUACAAAGCCUCGGUGGUAUCCACAGCGGCUGCGGCGUUUCCUCGAUAGCUUGGCUCAUCUACGCAUUGGUUCUCACUCUUAAAGACAGAGACAACACUUCAACAGCGAUCAUAGCGGUUGCGUCCACGAUUCUCUCUCUCCUCUGCCUCACUUCUGCAGCUGCGUUCCCUCUUGUUCGCCAUUUACACCACAACGUCUUUGAACGCGUCCACAGAUUCGCCGGUUGGACUGCUUUAGGCCUUGUUUGGGCGUUUAUAAUUCUAACGAUUUCCUACGAUCCUAAGUCAAGAUCUUACACAGAUGAUCUCGGCUCGAAACUGAUCAAAACGCAAGAAUUUUGGUUUACGUUAACUAUCACAGUGGCGAUUCUGCUCCCUUGGUUAACUGUGAGACGCGUUCCAGUUGACGUAUCAUCUCUAUCGGGCCACGCGUCGCUGAUCAAAUUCAGAGGAGGCGUGAAAUCAGGGAUCUUGGGUCGGAUCAGUCCAUCGCCAUUAUCGGAAUGGCAUGCUUUUGGGAUAAUCUCCGAUGGGAAAACAUCGCACAUGAUGUUGGCUGGUGCUGUCGGCGACUUCACCAAGUCCUUAGUCUCAAAACCUCCAACGCAUUUAUGGGUUCGUACAGUUCACUUUGCCGGCUUACCCUACCUCGUUAACUUGUAUGACAAGGUAUUACUUGUGGCCACGGGUUCAGGGAUUUGCGUAUUUUUAUCGUUUCUAAUGCAACCGAGUAAGGCUGAGGUAUAUUUCAUAUGGGUGGCUAAAGGUUUAGAUGAUAAUUUCGGGUCGGAGAUUGUGAAUAGGAUUAAAGAUUAUCCUCAUCAAGACAGGAUCAUAGUUCACGAUACUGCGAUUCUAGGACGACCUAAUGUGUCGGAAAUGAGCGUGGAAGCUUCCAAGAAGUUUGGUGCUCAAGUUGUGAUUGUUACAAGCAAUCCUGAAGGAAGUCGUGAUGUUGUUAAUGCUUGUAAGGCUUCUGGUGUUCCUGCUUUUGGUCCUAUUUGGGAUUCUUAAAUUACUUCUUUUUUUGGUUAUUUAAUUUCUCUGUUUUUUAUUAUUUGUCUGUUAUUUAACAAUGAUGUAAACUUUAAUUGUAUAUUUUCGUAAUAAAUGAAAUCUUAUCAA